AUGAGCCGGGAGCGGGUCUUCAAGGCGGCGGCGGCGUGUGUUCCCAGCGGGGGCCGGCGGCCGGACCUGGCCUUCGUCCCGCCCAGCCCCGCUCCGGCCCCGGGCGCGGUGGAGGAGCUGCGGCGCUUCGUCUGGCUGGCGCGGAGGCUCCUGGUGCUGACCGGCGCCGGGGUGUCCACCGAGUCGGGCAUCCCCGACUACCGGUCCGAGGGCGUGGGGCUGUACGCCCGCACCCACCGCCGGCCCGUCCAGCACGCCGACUUCGUCCGCAGCGCCGGCGUCCGGCAGCGCUACUGGGCCAGGAACUUCGUGGGGUGGCCCCGCUUCUCCGCCCGCCGGCCCAACGCCGCCCACCUGGCCCUCGCCCACUGGGAGAGGCGGGGGAAGCUCCACUGGCUGGUCACCCAGAACGUGGACGCCCUGCACACCCAGGCCGGGAACCGGCGCCUCACGGAGCUGCACGGGAGCAUGCACAGGGUGCUGUGCCUGGGGUGUGGCGAGCAGACCCCCCGGGGCCAGCUGCAGGGGCGACUGGCGGCCCUGAACGCCGGCUGGACGGCCGAGGCCCGCGGGCCGGCCCCGGACGGCGACGUGCCCCUCACCGAGGACGAGGUGCGGGGCUUCCGCGUGGCGCCCUGCGCCCGCUGCGGCCGCGGCCCCCUGAAGCCCGACGUCGUCUUCUUCGGGGACACCGUGGAGCGCCGCCAAGUCGACCUGGUCCACGAGCGACUGCGGGCCGCGGACGCCGUCCUCGUGGUCGGCUCCUCUCUCCAGGUAUAUUCCGGUUACAGGUUCAUUCUCGCUGCCCACGAGAAGAAGCUGCCCAUCGCCAUCGUAAACAUCGGGCCCACGCGAUCAGACCAGCUCGCAGCUCUGAAAAUCAAUUCCCGCUGCGGAGAACUGCUGCCCCUCAUCAUCCCUCAGUGACCGGAGCCUCACCGGGCCCAGCUCAGGAAGAGAAGGCCGCACUCAAUCAAUCAAUCAAUCAAUCAAUCGGAUUUAUUGAGCGCUUACUGUGUGCAGAGCACUGGACUAAGCGCUUGGGAAGUCCAAGUCGGCAACGUCUAGAGACGGUCCCUACCCGACAGCGGGCUCGCAGUCUAGAAGGGAGAGACGGACAACAAAACAAAACAUGUGGACGGGUGUCGAGUCGUCAGAAGAAACAGAAUUAAAGCUAAAUGAAGACCACAAUUCGUACUAUUAAUAAGAAGAAGUUCUUGGGAGAGGACGGCUCAUUCAUUCAUUCAGUCGUAUUUAUUGAGCGCUUACUGUGUGCAGA